AUGGCCCACCAGAUCGACUUCUCCCAGCUCACGCCCUCUCAAAUGAUGCUCUAUCAAAAGCAGCAGGAGCAUGCGGGUCUUCAGGCGCUUCGGCAGGCCUCGGCGCAGCUGGUAGAACGGGCGGAGAAGUUGGGGGAGAUGAGUAAUGUGAUGGCGGAUGGAGGGGAAGCUAUAGGACAGGUCAUGCGGAAUUGGCCUCAUGUGUUCUCGGUACUGAAUCUUUUCGAUAAGCCAGGAGCGGGAGAUACAUCACGGAAUCCAGCAACAGAAGAGCCAGAAGAACCAUUACCACAGCUCGUCCGAUUACCUUAUUCGGACGAAAAGACCAGUGUUCCCGCGGCGGCAAGGUAG